AAAAAUUGAAACCCCCGCCCACCUUCCAUGUUGUCAUCAACAUUCGAUUAGUCUCAGGUAAUCGUGCGUGUUCAGAUGAAGUAUAGGACUACACAUAUGGAUUGUUUCUAGUUAAAUCAUACAAAGUGUAAUAUUUCCGAGAAAGAGAUUCGGAACUGUAACUUAACGAAGAUUUAAAAAAAAACAGCCACUUAAUAUGUACCACAGAUUUUAUUAGCAGCACAAUGAGGUGUCUUGAUCCCGGAAGUAAACGUGUCUCAUUCAGAUGAAUAAUGAUCAUGAGAAGAUCUAAAGGAGAUGACCAAACACGCGACACUGGGAGAUACACAUAGUAUAUCCCAGCGUCAACAGAAGAUUUUCUCAAGUUUCCAUCCACAUUUAGACCCUCUCUGUGUUUCCAUCCAGCAUCAAUGCCAACAAGACAGUUAUAAGUUGAAUAAAUUAAGCCGGAUAUAAUUAACAGAACCUUUAGAAAGGAAAUACCUAGAAAUCUGCCCGGGCGUUAAUCCGAGAAAAUGGUGGAGUUGUGGACAUGGUUGGGGGUCUGGGCGCUCUUUUAUACAAUGGGUGUAACAGGGCUCAGAAUUAGCGCCUUUAAUGUACAGACGUUCGGGCAGUCCAAAGCCGGCAAGACUGACGUCAUGGAGAUUCUGACUAAGAUCGUCCUGAGGUAUGAUAUCAUCGCGAUUCAAGAAAUACGAGACAAGGCUGGAACAGCAAUACGGCAACUACAGCAACAGGUGAACGAGUACUCGAACAGUGUGUACUACAAUCUUACGAUUAGUGAACGCCUAGGGAACACAAUAUCUAAAGAGGAAUACUGCUUUCUGUACAGGACGGAUCGAGUCAAAUAUCUCCGAGAACACUUGUACGACGAAGGUGUGAACAAUACAUUCGAACGAGAACCAUUCAUGGUGGAGUUCGAGGCAGACGUUCAAGGUCUGAAUACCUUCGUGCUGGGUGCUCUUCACAUCAAACCAGACUCCGCUGUCGAGGAACUGAUCGAACUGAGACAUGUUUUUGACCAGGCGAAAACUGUGUUCAAUACAGAAAAUGUGAUGAUUAUGGGCGACCUUAAUGCAGAUUGUAGUUAUGUUCCCAAGAAAGACUGGCCAAGUAUCACUCUAAAGUCAGACCCUUCUUUUCAUUGGUUGAUUGGUGAUGACGUCGAUACCACCGUGAAAUCGACCGACUGCGCGUACGACAGGUUCAUCUUGACCGGAAGUGAUUUUGUCUCCGCUUUGGUUCCCGGUAGUGCCGACAUCUUCCGGUUUGAUAGCGAAUACGGCCUUGAUGCGUCCCAGGCCGAGAAGGUGAGUGACCAUUACCCUAUCGAACUCCAGUUAAAAGAUAGUCGGGACAAUGACAACAUAACCGAACCGGAUAAUGGCCAGUCUGUCACUAGGGUCAUUCCCUGGGUGCUACUGACGGCAGUCGUGUCCACCCUAGGUGUAUGGUACCACCAAAAGACACUAAAGAAGUAGUUUAUCUUGCCAGUAGUGACGACAGACAUGUUUAUCCUGUCGUGAAACAGUGUUAAAGUCUCGUUAUAUAUGUUGUUUGUUUAUAAACCGAUUUACAAUGACACAUGUAAAAUUCAGUAUAUGAUAUUCCAGAACAUUGUUUUGUACCGGAACUUGUUUAUUAUGGUUGUCUGUUAUCUAGAUUUUUUAAAUGAAAAUUCAAUAUUCAUUUUAUUCCAAUUAUUUUUAAAAUGUAUGCCUCAAAUAUCGGAGAAAGUUGGUAUAAUGAAAGCGUCCGAGUGAUCUAGAUCUGCCACUCCUACUAUUGUAGCAAUCGGAACACCUCGCCUCCGUGUGCGAGGGGUUCCGAUUGACUAUUGUAGGUGCUUUAAGCAUAUCAGUCCGUAUUCGUGAAUCCAUACUCGUGUUGUACUCGGGCUCAGAUUACGUUUGGUGAUGAAUGUGACAAAAAAGUUUGAUUUUUUGUCUAAUUUGAAGUAUUUUCGGGAAUAUUUUCGAUAUUAAGGGUUUUCUUUUAAACUACUAUUUCAUGAUCUUAGAGAGUUGGUAUGGGCACAGAUUUCAUGCUUGAGCAUGAUAAUGGUUUCGUGAAUACGGGCCAGUGUCCAUUGCGAUGUCUGGUACAAUGUUGAGGUAUACUUUGGGCCUGCUAAUGUCCUUGAUCUGUUGUUAUAUGUACAUGUAGUAUAGGUCACUAAGGCGGACCUCACUACUUGAGGACAAAGACUGGUUAUCUCGGGGAGAAUUUAUUUUGUUAGAUGUUUGUAUUGUUGGUUACUUAUCUUACCUAUACACAUGUAUAU